AUGUGGAUAUUAUUACAAUAUAUCUCUAAUGCAAAAUCAAUAGAAAAACAAUUGGCCAGUGGUUCUUCUACAGCUUCAGUUUUGGGUUUACCCUCAAGUGCUGGACUUGAUACAGAAAAUCGGGAAUUAGUUCUACAAAUUUUUAAUGUUCUUUAUACUGAUAAUUCAAUGAAUUGGGGCAAUUCUUGUUCAACAGAACAGCCAUUGGAAAUGGUCCGUUUCUUUGCCCCAGCUGCAAUAUGGUCUCAUCUGGUCACAUCAAUUUCUGCGGCACCAGGAUCUGAACAAAUUCCACAGCCUCAACCACCUGAAAAACUUCGAAAAUUAAUUGAUUUUAUUGAGAAUCAAUUACGAGAUAAUAAAGACCAAAAGCAAUUGGAAAGAAAUACUGCAUUAUUAGCUGUUGUAGCUAAUUCAUAUAGUAAUAAUCACGAUGUUUUUGUUGAACAUGUAAAUAAUACCGUCUUUCCUGAAUUGUCAAAAGUGGGGCAGCAACGAAAUCAGACAAUAUCCCCAACAAUUCAACAAGAAAAAUGGACACUUCCAUGUGGUCGUAAAACAGAGCCAUUCCUUCGUGCCUUAGAAUUAACAUUUUUGGAUUCUUUAACAUUUCAUGCUAAACGUCAACUAUAUAAUUAUGCUCUAAAUCGUGUUUUUAAAUUAAUAUUACCUCCAUUAGGGCAUCAACAACAACAACCAUCUCCACCUAUUUUUAGAUUGCCUUCUCCUGCUCUAGUAGAAAGUAUUGCACGUCUUUUACUUAGUACUGAAUUAUGUGAUCAAGAUGGAGCAAAUUUCUUUUAUCAUGUUCUCUUAACAUUAAAACCGGUGCAAAAUGAGUCACAAAAUAUGUUUUUGGCUCGAAAUGAUUUUUUGGCACUUCUCUUGGAAUUAUUAAAUUUUCGACUUCAAAAUAUUGGAUUUGGUUGGAAAUGGGAUUUUGGAAAUAGAAUAAGUAAUAUUUUUGAAGAAAAUUUAAUUUAUGUUUUUUUUUGGAUUUUAGCUUUUAUACUAAAAAUUAUUGAUCAAUUAUUACAUAAUAAAAAUAUUGAACAAUCACCUAUGCCAGUUAUUAUUCAAAUGGCUCAACUUUUAGAACAAACUUUGUUACGUUUUGCGCAGUGCACUUUUCCAAAUGAUUUGAUUAUUGCUUCAGCAGUUGUACUUACAAAAACAUAUAUUGUUAAAUUUUCGCCGGAGAUUUGCCGCAUUUUACUUCUCAAAGCUAUUCGUGCAUUCAAAUUAUUAGGAGAUGUUUACAAACCUUCCACAGGUAACUAUAGUAUAAUUUCGAUAAUAUUCACUUUGACAAACUUGACAGAAUGA